UUUAUUAUUUUCUUGUAUUAUUUUUAGUUAUUUUCUGUUAUUAUAGUAUUUUACUGUAUCAAUUUUUUAGUGUUUUUUAUUAUUUUUAUUGGGUUGCUAGGAGACCAAGUGGGCGGAGCUUAGCCUUCUAACUGGCAGCAAUUGGAUAAAAACAAUUAUUCCUCUCCCUCUAAUUAGGACGUUAUUAUUCUUUUCUUUUUGUUGUAUCAACCUAGAGGCGUGGAUGAUGGGUUGUGUUGUCAAAUUUCGAGGUUGGGGGGCCUGUAGUUUUGUUGUUUUGUGGGUUGCCGUGAUGCCAUCACUCAUAUUAUAUAUAAUUUGUUUACAUUUGCUCCCAAAAUUAUGUAUACAUAAUUUUGGAAGAAAUACCAAACAAAUCCAGAAAUAUAAGUUGCUAUGGGUCUAUAAAUUUGCAUAAAAAUGUCAAUUUCCCCUAUUAAAGGUGUAUACUGGGACAGCUUUGUAUCAAUAAUAGCAAUGGGUUGCUAAUGCGCAUGCGUUAAAAAGUGUCUGGUUCCCUCUGCAAUGACUGGGAAAAGCCUUCUCUUUCUCCUUCCCUUACAAAGAUGGCUGCCAAAUUUCGCUGCCACUACUAAAAUGGCCUCCUACUUCAGGGGCGGGAUUUGUGAGCGAGAGAUGGGCCCCGCCUAUGUCCUUCAUUCCCAUUGGCUAGGAUGCACAGGAGGCAGCCAAUGGGGUUGCAGGGCGCGCUGGUUGCUUCUGGGUUGUUUUGAAGGAGGAAGAACUGAAGAAAAAGGAGCCAAGGAGGAGUCCGGCAAUGCUGGAGAGAGAAGAAAAAGAAGGGCGAGGAGGGGCCAAAAUGACCCUCUCUGUCCUCCUGGCGGGAAGAUCGAAGAAGCAGCGACAUGGGCGUCGAAAUGGACAGCGACUGCAGGAAAAAGCCCUGCGUGUCUUGAGUUGCCAUCAGAACCUGGACGAACUCCUCCGUGAAGUGGGAAGUUCUGUAUGUAAAGAAGUAUUAUUAAUUCCUGAUAAUUCAGGCCGAGAAUCCUCAGAACUGCUUCUGGUCUCUGCUUUGCAGGAUCAAGCCACUGCCUUGGGUUUGCCGGUGGGGAUCCUCUCGGCCAGAACGGCUGCAAGGAACCUGGAGAAGAUCUCUGCGGAGUCUGGUCAGGCCACGCUGCUGAAAGGAGAGCCAAGAGAAAAGUUGUCUUGCCUGCUGAACACUUUGAAGGAUCUGGCCUCCCAGAAUGCUUUCAGCCCAUCAUUGUUUGCUCAAGAAAUGUGGAAAAUGCAGAGCCCACUCACCCUGGACAUGGCAUGGCACCUCCACAGAGAAGGCCUCUUGAGCCUGGACGAGCUGCUGGAAAAUAAUCCAGACACGUCUGCGUUGGUGGAUUGGCUGUGCCGUGGUCUUUGCCUUUUGUGCAGCGAAACAGAAAGCUCUUCCUUGGACUCAGAGCACCUGGGGAGCCUCCUGACAGGCCUGGCAUCUGUCUUCCUUCGUCACGGAUUUCCGAAGACGUCUGAGCCAGGAAAGAAGUCGCCAAGGCUGUCCAAAAUUUACUGUGCUGUCCUUGGGAGGAUGCUGGCAUGGCUGCUUGAUUCUGUGGCCAAAGAGAAGCAGGAAGGCUCUUCUUCCCUGAAGGCUGCAAAAAGCUGAUAACCAAUGAAGAAAUAGAGGAUGAUCUCACAUCCAAAGAGGAGAAAGAUGAUUCCAGGCUGAAGGAGGAAAGUGACCGAAAGAACGAAGAGAGUCUGGAAAAUGACCAGCAAAAAGGAGGAGCAGAGACCAAACAACUGGACCAAACGGUAAAUGCCCCAGGAUGCUGUGUUUGAUGUCAUUUAAUAGAUUUGUUUAAUCAUUUUAUUGCUUUUAACUACUGUAUAUAUUUAAA